UGUGCUGCUGCUGCGAAUCGGAGGGGAAUUCGAGGGGGCGGGGGGCGCGAAUCCGGCGGGGGAAUUCGCGCGAUUCGGGCGUGGCCGCGGGGGAUGUGAAGAUCUGGUGGGGUGAUGGCGACGGCGGAGGUCGGCGGCGGCGGCGGUGAGGGGGAUGCUGCUGCCGCGGCGGUGGCGCGAGCAGGCGGCGGCGGCGGAGGAGGAGGAGGAGGAGGGGAGGACGCGCUGUUCACGGAGCUGUGGAGCGCGUGCGCGGGGCCGCUGGUGACGGUGCCGAGGGUUGGGGAGAAGGUGUUCUACUUCCCGCAGGGGCACAUCGAGCAGGUGGAGGCCUCGACCAACCAGGUAGGCGAGCAGCGGAUGCAGUUGUACAAUCUCCCAUGGAAGAUCCUGUGUGAGGUUAUGAACGUUGAGCUGAAGGCCGAGCCAGACACCGACGAGGUUUAUGCUCAGCUCACUCUGCUUCCUGAAUCGAAGCAACAAGAAGAUAACGGCUCUACUGAGGAGGAGGUGCCUUCUGCUCCAGCAGCUGGGCAUGUUAGGCCACGGGUGCACUCAUUCUGCAAGACAUUGACCGCCUCGGACACGAGCACACAUGGCGGCUUCUCGGUGCUGCGACGCCACGCGGACGAAUGCCUCCCACCACUGGAUAUGAGCCGUCAGCCUCCAACACAAGAGCUGGUGGCCAAGGAUCUGCACGGUGUGGAAUGGCGCUUUCGUCACAUAUUCAGAGGUCAACCACGAAGACACCUUUUGCAGAGUGGCUGGAGUGUGUUUGUUAGUGCCAAACGGCUUGUUGCUGGGGAUGCCUUUAUCUUUCUCAGAGGUGAGAACGGGGAACUGCGUGUUGGAGUCAGGCGUGCAAUGAGGCAGCAAACUAAUGUUCCAUCUUCAGUGAUAUCAAGCCACAGCAUGCAUCUUGGGGUUCUUGCCACAGCAUGGCAUGCUGUUAACACAGGGACCAUGUUCACUGUCUACUACAAGCCUAGGACAAGUCCAGCCGAGUUUGUGGUCCCUUACGAUCGCUAUAUGGAAUCACUGAAACAAAAUUACUCCAUUGGGAUGAGAUUUAAGAUGAGGUUUGAAGGUGAAGAGGCUCCAGAGCAAAGAUUCACUGGGACUAUUGUCGGAAUGGGGGAUUCUGAUCCAGCUGGCUGGCCUGAAUCAAAAUGGCGCUCCCUUAAGGUGAGAUGGGAUGAAGCUUCUUCCAUACCUCGCCCUGAAAGAGUUUCUCCCUGGCAAAUAGAACCUGCUGUAAGCCCUCCUCCUGUCAACCCACUACCAGUUCCAAGAACCAAGAGGCUUCGUCCGAAUGCUACCGCUUUGCCGGCUGACUCUUCUGCUAUAGCAAAAGAAGCUGCUACGAAAGUUGUGGUCGAGUCUGAACCAAAUGGUACGCAAAGGACCUUCCAGACACAAGAGAAUGCAACCCCAAAAAGUGGUUUCGGCAAUAGCAGCGAGUUAGAAAGUGCUCAGAAAUCAAUCAUGCGUCCAUCUGGAUUUGAUCGUGAGAAAAAUAACACUCCCAUACAGUGGAAGCUAGGUUCAGAUGGUCGGAUGCAGAUGAGCAAGCCUGAGAGUUACAGUGAGAUGCUAUCUGGAUUUCAGCCACCUAAAGAUGUACAAAUCCCACAGGGUUUCUGUUCUUUACCUGAGCAGAUUACUGCAGGCCAUUCUAACUUCUGGCACACAGUAAAUGCUCAGUAUCAAGAUCAACAGAGCAAUCACAAUAUGUUCCCCAGCUCAUGGUCCUUCAUGCCUCCAAAUACUCGCCUUGGAUUAAACAAACAGAACUAUUCAAUGAUUCAGGAAGCUGGUGUGUUGUCUCAAAGGCCUGGAAAUACAAAGUUUGGGAAUGGAGUUUAUGCUGCACUGCCAGGCCGAGGUACUGAGCAAUACUCAGGGGGUUGGUUUGGCCAUAUGAUGCCAAAUUCCCACAUGGAUGAUACACAGCCACGCCUGAUCAAGCCUAAACCUCUGGUUGUUGCCCAUGGUGAUGUUCAGAAAGCUAAAGGUGCUUCAUGCAAACUAUUUGGAAUUCACCUUGACAGCCCAGCGAAAUCUGAACCUUUGAAAUCUCCAUCAAGUGUUGUAUAUGAUGGGACGCCACAAACACCAGGUGCUACUGAAUGGCGCCGACCAGAUGUAACUGAAGUAGAGAAAUGUUCUGAUCCUUCUAAGGCCAUGAAGCCACUUGAUACUCCGCAACCAGACUCUGUUCCUGAGAAGCCUUCUUCUCAGCAAGCUUCACGAAACAUGUCGUGCAAAUCACAAGGUGUAUCAACUAGAAGCUGCAAGAAGGUCCACAAGCAAGGCAUUGCACUUGGCAGGUCUGUGGACCUUACAAAGUUUAAUGGCUAUGAAGAGUUGAUUGCUGAGCUGGAUGACAUGUUUGAUUUCAAUGGUGAACUGAAGGGUCCUAAGAAGGAGUGGAUGGUUGUCUACACUGACAACGAAGGUGACAUGAUGCUAGUUGGGGAUGAUCCCUGGAUUGAAUUCUGCGACAUGGUUCACAAGAUCUUCAUCUACACAAGAGAAGAGGUUCAGCGGAUGAAUCCGGGAACCCUGAACUCAAGAUCAGAAGAUAGUCAUGCUAAUUCAAUGGAAAGGGGCUCAGUCGGCAGAGAAAUGCGAGGCUGCUUGUCAACCUCGUCUCUUAAUUCUGAGAACUGCUAAUGCUUUCCCAUCUGGUAACGUCUUUUGAAGUAACAUGGGAGACAAGAACGCGAUGCAUCGUUAUAAGAAAAUGCAUUUCGUAGUGGAGUUAAUGCUUUUUUUCCCCCUUUGAUGUAUUGGAUAAGCUCAAAGUACCCUAUUUGUAGAUGGUGCUUGUCCUUGGUGGUCAAGUUGCACUCUUAUUUGCUGCAGUUUUGGUUUUCUAUUUUGGUGAGGUAAGUUGUCAGCCGCCAGUCCUACCAUAUAAAUGUUGGUAUGCGUAGAAAAGUAAGCUCAGCCCUCCCACCCUGCACUUCCUCUCUCUCAGCACUAAGCUGCCACCUCCUUGUAAAUAGCCCCUGUUUAAUUGAGUCUAAUAUAUUAUCUA